AUGCAUAGGGUGAUGAUGAUGAUUAAUGAGAGUUUGGCAGGUGAUUUUAUACUGGUGGGCUUCUCUGACCAGCCGCAGCUUGAGAAGGUCCUCUUUGUGGUUGUCUUAAUCUCCUACCUCCUGACCCUUGUAGGCAACACAGCUAUCAUCCUGGUCUCUCGUCUGGACCCUGUUCUCCACACACCCAUGUAUUAUUUUCUUACCAAUCUUUCCUUCGUUGACCUCUGCUUUACUACCAGCAUUGUUCCCCAGCUGCUGCGGAACCUCCACAGUCCAGCCAAGACAAUUACUCGUAUAGGCUGUGCCAUUCAACUCUACAUCUCCCUGGCUAUGGGAUCCACUGAAUGUGUCCUCCUAGCGGUCAUGGCGUUUGAUCGUUAUGCUGCCAUUUGCCAGCCACUCCAUUAUGCCACAGUUAUGCACACACGACUUUGCCAUUCUCUUGCAGGAAUAGCAUGGUUGAGUGGAGUGGGCAACACCCUAAUUCAGGGCACAAUAACCCUUCGACUGCCCCGUUGUGGGAACCGUACGAUUUACCACUUCAUCUGUGAAGUGCCUGCAAUGAUCAAGUUGGCCUGUGUAAAUAUCCAUGCCAGUGAAGUCCAGCUCUUCAUGGCCUCCUUGGUACUCCUUCUUCUCCCCCUGGCACUUGUUUUGAUCUCAUAUGGGUAUAUAAUCCAAGCAGUAAUGAGAAUCAAGUCAGCCCAAGCCUGGCAUAAAGCCCUUGGCACUUGUGGGUCCCAUGUGCUGGUGGUGGCCCUCUUCUACGGGACCAGCACAGCUGUCUAUAUACAGCCCAACAGCUCCUAUGCCCACAGUCAAGGGAAGUUCAUAAUCCUUUUGUAUACUGUUGUAGCUCCCACCCUCAACCCUCUCAUUUACACUCUGAGAAACAAAGAUGUAAAAGGAGCUUUGAAGAGGCUGUAUGAAAAGGUAUGA